CCGUUCAUCGACUUCUUCACGUAUGAGAAGCUCAUACAUCCCGUCACUAACAGACCGGAACCGAAGGCCAGUUUCAUCCCAUCGUUGUCUGAGAAGCGAAAGAUCAGCAAAUUGGUGGCCGCCAUCAAAAUGGGUCGACUCAAACCCAGACCUCCCAAACCAAAGGACGGACCCUUUGUUUUCAAUUAUGAUUUGUGGGAAAAGCCGAUCGCCGACCGAAAUAAGCGAAUCGAUCGCUACAUACCGGCGCCCAAACUUAAACCUCCCGGUCAUGAAGAGUCAUAUAAUCCUCCGCCAGAAUACCUGUUCACUGACGAGGAAGAGAAGAAAUGGUCAGAACAAGAGCCAGAAGAACGGAAAAUCAAUUUUAUUCCUCAGAGUUAUUCGUGUCUACGAAGAGUUCCCGCGUAUUCCAAGUUUGUUAACGAACGCUAUGAACGACUCCUUGACCUCUAUCUCUGCCCUCGCGCUCACAAAUUGAGAGCAAAUGUCAAUCCAGAGGAUCUGAUUCCCAAACUUCCGCGUCCUCGAGAUCUACAGCCUUUCCCAUCAAUUCAGUCAUUGAUAUACAGCGGACAUAAGGAUGUCGUUCGCUGUCUAAGUGUUGAGCCUAACGGACAGUUUAUAGCUUCAGGAAGUGAUGACUGCACUGUUAGGAUAUGGGAAGUCCUGACCACAAGAACUAUGAAUGUAAUGAAAUUUAGUAGCGGUGUUACUGACAUCAAGUGGUGUCCCGAUAGAUCCAAGUGCUUGUGUGCGGUCGCUGUCGGCAAAGAUCUAUUCAUAAUAAACCCAAAAGUGGGCGAAAAGUUUGUGAUCACCGAAACUGAUCUGUUGUUUAAGUCGAAUGUCGAUUCAAAUGAGAACACGAAGAGUGAAUCAACCGAUCAUUCGAUAGUCGACUGGAAAACCAUCGAAGAAAGCGAAACAAGUGAUGAGUGGAAGAAUGGCAUCAGAAUUGUAAUUAAGCACAGGUUUGACAUCAAGCAAGUGGUCUGGCAUUACGGCGGUGAUUAUUUCGCAUCAGUGAUGCCCAGCGGCGCCAAUAAGUCUGUUGUGAUCCAUCACUUGUCCAAAAGGAAGUCUCAGGCGAUAAUGUAAUUGUUGGCAGUUAUGACCUGAGGCUCAGUUGGUUUGAUUUGGACCUAUCGACCAAACCAUACAAAACACUCAGAUAUCAUA